CUCAUUUUCUCAGCUGCCACUUCAUUUUCCAUCUUUCACACUUCAUAAUAUAAUCUCUCUCUCUCUAUCUCUCUCACUCAUAUUUUACCUGUCACGGUCUUUGUUUAUUGCUGCACAAAUCCAACAAUCUUUCUGUUUAUCAGAAACUUUCGCACUUCAUUGUAUUUUUAAGUUUGAGGGACCAAACCACAAACAAACUACAAAUGGGAAGACACUCUUGUUGCUACAAGCAGAAGCUUAGGAAAGGUCUAUGGUCACCUGAGGAGGAUGAAAAACUUUUGAAUCAUAUUACUAAAUAUGGUCAUGGAUGUUGGAGUUCAGUUCCUAAGCAAGCAGGUCUUCAAAGAUGUGGUAAGAGCUGUAGGCUUAGGUGGAUUAAUUACUUAAGGCCUGAUUUAAAAAGAGGUACAUUUUCACAAGAAGAAGAAAAUCUCAUCAUUGAACUUCAUUCAGUACUAGGGAAUAGAUGGUCACAAAUUGCUGCACAAUUGCCAGGGAGGACUGAUAAUGAAAUAAAGAAUCUUUGGAAUUCUUGCUUAAAGAAGAAACUGAGACAAAAGGGUAUAGACCCUGUCACUCAUAAACCACUUUCUGAGGUAGAAAAUGUUGAUGAGGAGGAGGGAAAAACUAGAAGCCAAGAGAAAACAGCAGAAAUAUCAGAAUCAGAUGAAUUGAACAUUGUGAGAUCAGAAAGUACUUCUAAAUCAGAUGCUGUUUCAUAUGAACCAAAACAAUCUUCAAUUGUCCUAAAAGGUUAUGCGACUGAAAUGGAAGUGGAAGGUUCUUGUUCCAACUAUUUGAUGGGAAAUUACCCUAUUCAGAUGAAUUACACAUCCACUGAUAAUAUUCCAAAUAAUCCUAACUCUUCUCAUUGGUUCAACCAAACAGGAUUAAAACCUUUUGAUAUGAACUCUGAAUUUACUUCAACUUCUAACAUCAUGUCAAUUCUUCCACAAACUAAUACCUCAUUUCUUCCUAAUGCUUUUUGCUACAAACCAUCAGAAGAUGUUUCUAUGUCUUCAUCUUCUUUCCCUAUGAAGAAUAGUAUCUUAUCUUCUUGGGGAAUUACAGAUUGUGACACCUCUAUUAAAGAGAAUCAAACAGAAGAAGAAGAAGAAGAAGCCAAGUGGAAUGAGUAUCUUCACAAUCCAAUGUUAAUGCUACAAAAUCAAGCAUCUGAAUCUUUAUGCAAUGAAAUAAAGCCUGACACAAAUUUAGGCCCUGAUGGUUUAGGGGACAUAUUGCCACAUUCCAAGCAACAAGAAUCUUCUCAAUCUUAUAAUAUAGCAGCUUUUGGACAAGUGUAGCAGGCUUUUGACAUAAAGAAUGAUUUUAAGGGGCUUCAAGGAAUUUCAGAUUGUGCGACCAAAUAUUUUGUUUCUGUAUAUAGUUUUUCACCAAACAUUUAUGUCAGUCUCUUCAUAUUUGUGAGGCAAAUCAUUUCUCUUUUUAAUUUCUCUGGUGUGGGUACAAUUGCAAAAUAAGGAUUCUUCUUUCUACUCUCUUUGUUUCAUUGAUGAUGCACUUAGGAAAUUACAAUGGUUCAUUUUCCAUAUCCAUAACUAGUUUCCCUUUUCUUUUUCAAUUGGGACAAUAGUCACUUUUUCUUUGCCAUGUCAUAUGUUCUAUGUAUCUAUCCAUUAUUGUAAUGACUAAUCUGUACCGGAAAAUUGUGUAUGUCA